AUGGCGUUCCCUCCUGCCCCUGCGCCUGAUGUCGAAUGGACUAAGUUGGGACUGGCCGUGACCGACAUGGUCAAUGGCCACAUAGAAUCUACCUAUUCGGUCGAAGGGGGCGAGUGGACGACGCCUAAGUUCGUCACUGAUCCAUAUCUACGUAUUCAUGGACUGGCACCAGCCCUGAAUUAUGGGCAGCAGGUCUAUGAGGGCCUAAAAGCCUAUCGCACAAGUAGCGGCAAGAUCCAAAUCUUCCGCCCACACUUCCAUGCCGCGCGCAUGCAGCAUUCGGCCGACGUCGUGUCCAUCCCACCCGUACCAAUCGAGCACUUCAUCGCCGCUGUCAAUGCAGCCGUUGCUCACAACGCUGAGUGGGUUCCUCCUCACUCCAGUGGUGCAGCUUUGUAUAUCCGGCCUGUGUUGUUCGGAUCUCGCGGUCACUUGGCCCUCACACCACCUACAGAGUAUAUGUUGUGCGUUUAUGUCCAGCCCUUCAGUAGUUACCACGGAAUUUCGCCGCUCCCGGCUGUGAUUAUGGAAGACUUCGACCGUGCAGCCCCAAAGGGUACCGGCCAUGCCAAGAUCGGGGGUAAUUAUGCGCCCGUGAUGAAGUGGUCAGAAAAGGCGACGAAAGCGGGAUUCCCAAUGACGUUGCAUUUGGACAGCAAGUCUGGGGAGGAUAUUGAUGAAUUCUCGACCUCCGGCUUCCUGGGUGUCCAAAUCAAGAAGCAAGAAGGGGAGAAGCAGCAGGUGGUUUUGGUCGUGCCAAAGAGUGAUAACAUUAUCAACAGCGUCACGUCGGAUAGUCUGAUGGCGAUCGGAAAAGAUUUGGGGUAUCAAGUGGAGCAUCGCACGGUCAAGUAUGCGGAACUGUCGACUUUUAGUGAGGUCAUGGCCGUGGGUACUGCCGCUUGUUUGGUCCCCAUUCGCUCCAUCACGCACCAGUCGCAUGGGGACCAAUUUGUCUACACGGGCGAGAAGACCACCGGUCCAGUCUGUCAGAAGUUAUAUGUAGAGCUGACGGGUACUCAGCGUGGCGAUAGUGAGGAUGGACGGGGAUGGUGUUUUGAGGUGAAGCAGGUGCUGGAUGGAGUGGAUGGCUAG